GCGGCUCGGGGGCAGCCGGAGCGGCCGCUGGCCCUGCCCCGCCGGCACAGGAUGAGGGCAUGACGUGGUGGUACCGCUGGCUGUGCCGCCUGGCGGGCGUGCUGGGGGCCGUGUAAGCCCAGGGGGAAUGCUGGUCUCAGGAAAGGAAGGUCCGAGGAUCCCAUUGCCUACCUGGUACAGGAGCAGAAACUGUGUGGGUGGGCAGACCCAUCUUCUCUCCUGCCUGAAGGAGUACCUUGGAGUCCCAUCUGUCCAGAGGAUCCAGCUGAAAGUUCAGGUGGAUAGGGUGGGGUUAGCCUGUGCUAUCUCUGGACUCUUCAACUGCGUCACCAUCCACCCUCUGAAUAUCGCAGCUGGCGUGUGGAUGAUCAUGAACGCCUUCAUCCUGGUGCUGUGUGAGGCACCUUUCUGCUGCCAGUUUGUGGAGUUUGCGAACACAGUGGCUGAGAAGGUGGACCGGCUGCGCUCCUGGCAGAAGGCCGUUUUCUACUGCGGGAUGGCCAUCGUCCCCAUCAUCAUGAGCCUGACCCUGACCACACUGCUGGGCAACGCCAUCGCCUUUGCCACCGGAGUGCUGUACGGACUCUCUGCCCUGGGCAAAAAGUGCGUCUGCACCCCAGCCCCAGGGUGGGGCCUCCUCUGCUGCCUCUGCUACCCCAUCUCAAGUGGGAAAGGUCUGAGUGGGACCCUAGGUCUAGUUAUGCACAGUAGCCACAAGUGACUUACUUGUGCUCUCAGGAACAGAGGCAAGAACUCAGGGGACAACCUAGGUGGGCCCUCUAGCCUGGCUUGCACACCAUGAGGUGUGCACCAGACAUUGUAGCCAGCUGCCACCUCUCCCCUUUAGCUCAGUCAGUGCCAGGUAACAUGUGCCCCUGUCAGAGUAACAAGGCCUCUAACCCCUGACAGUGGCCUCUGGGGAGCACAGUCCUGGGGGAAUUUGCCUGUAGGUCAUACCUGGGUUGCAACCCGGGAGUUGGCGGUGGGAGGGCUGUGCCUAUGAAACACCUACUUUUCUCUCCCUAGGGGUGAUGCCAUUUCUUAUGCUCGGAUCCAGCAGCAGAGGCAGCAGGCAGAUGAGGAGAGGCUGGCUGAGACUCUGGAGGGAGAGCUGUGAAGUGAGGCAGGGGCAUUGCCUUCUGUCAGUAGGUUGUGUGUGAAGUCUGGAGAAGGCUGAGUGUCAACUCCGUUAAAUGGCCUGGAAGCGGAGUCCCUGCAAGUCCCCAUGCUUCAAGUCUUCCUGUGCCUACCUUCUUCUCUGGACCUACUGAGCCUGGAGCUCCUGCCCCGCUGGUACUGAAGACCUGGGCCAUAGCAUGGAUGGGAUGAACUCAUUCCUGUCAGCCUGUGGUGCAGAUUCCUGUGUGGUUGCCCUUCCCAGACCUAAGAGCAGCCAUUCCUGAACAUACUGGUCCUCACUUGGUUAAGAGGCUCCUGCCACUUCAGGCUUCAUCCUUUUUAGAUCUGUGCUUGCUGGCGGGUGAUGCUCCAGUCCUGCCCCAUGCACCUGUCCUCAGCGCAGAGGAUGAGUACAACAUUGUCCUGAGGAGCAGGAGAGAUGGCUGGUCCUUUGAGAAUCUACAGCACUUCCAGGAUGCAGCUUCCUGGCCAGAAGAGUAGCCUUGGCAGUGGCCAGAGGGUUGGGUGGAAGUUCCCUGGUGCCUUGGACAAGCUAUUUCAGGACACCUUGCUGUUCCAUCUCCCACGGGCCUUACCCUGACCUCCAGGUUCUGCCUCUCCCCCAGCUCAGGUUUUGGUGCUAGGAAGUGUGUGUGUGUGUGUGUGUGUGUGUGUGUGUGUGUGUGUGUGUGUGUGUGUGUGUGUGUAUGUGUGUGUUGGGGGUGUGUACUGCUAGCCUGCAGUGAGAACUUCUUUGUCAGUGGUUACAGGCUCACUAUUAGUAGGGAUCGACCUCAGGUAUUCCUCCCAACCUGCCUCUGGCAUCCUGUAGCCUUUGAAGAGCUGGGCAGAGACCAGAGCCACCUCUCACACAGAGCUGGCCCUGUCUCAGGUACCAGACCACGGUGAGUAAGCCUGCGUGGCUAGGGUUUGGAGAGCUGCUGCUACCCUGAAACUGGCAUGCCCUGGCUGUCCCUCACCCUCCUCUGCACUGCUGUCCUUCCCUACCGUCCUGUGAUAUUGGCACUAGUGGCUAAUUCGAUGGGUCCUUAGCUGUUAGGCACAUGCUUGGUGGCCUGACUGAGAAUGACGUGGAAAAUGCUAAGUCCUGCCUCCCUCCUGCACUAGACCUUCAACUGGGCCUGCUCCAUGGGACCCAGCCCCAGAGUUGUCAAGUUUCUAGGGACUCUAGGUCAUCAGUGUUUGGGGCCAGGAGUAGUGGGUAUUCUUUUUAGGGUAGAGGCGCUUUGAUCUGUGGGCUCUGGGGACAGCAGUAGUUUUCCAGAGAGCCUGGCCAUGCUGAACCCCAGAGUAGCAGAAAUGUUACAGUGUAGCUGGCUUGGUGGAACAUGUAUCUUCAGGAUUCAUCUGAGGCUAUUUUUCUCAAGCAGGAAUGGGCUUCAAGGGCUCUGUGUAUGUAUGUUUGUGUGUGUCGGGGCCGUGUUCACAGUAAGACCUGUCUACCUCCCAGGAGGAGCAAGGCCCUACCUGCCCCUCUGGUUACAUGUAUAGGCAUGAGAUUCAGGUCACUUUUGCCCCUGGCAGUGGAACUCGCUGGCUACAUCUAUACUAAGAUUGCACCCCACUGGGGAAACCCAUUUUGUACUGAGCAGGCAUGGGGUGGGGUGUAAAGGUAGAGGCCCUCAGACAUAGACCAGAGUGGGACAGUCACAUUCUGAGGUUCCUGGAAGCACAGUGGCUCUGGAGCCCAUUGCCCUGCCUCUGAGCAUGGGCACUGUCUAGCCCAGACUAGGCCCCAUUCUUGCCUGUGUCUGGCUGUCUUCUGUGACUUCCUUUGCCCCCCACCCCCUGGCGUGUUUGUUAGUUAGCUUACAUUUGGAGUAAAGCAAGGCUGUAGUUGGUA